GUUCAAGGACUAUCUCCAUUCUACAGAUACUUGGCAAAAUCAGGAACUUUAGAUACAUCUAAAGAAGGGGUUUACCUAUAGAACUCUUGAGGGAAAGUAUGAAAAUUAAUUAGGGCCUUUCUGGCCUGGAGUUAACCACUGCAAAGGGUCUUCCAGGAAUCCCAGGAUUUCUACUUUAAUUUUAAUUUUAAUUUUCUUUGAUGUCUUCUUUUAAAAAGCUGGAUAAUUGAAAUUAGAACAUUAGUGCACAAAGAAGUUGGCUGAAUGUUGCAAGCUUGCAAAAUGGAAGGAUUUUCCCUCAUUUCCCCUCCCUCUGAAGAGCUGAUAUCCUAUGACUCAGACCUCUACAGACAGUCCCAUGACAGUUACCAAUAUCUCAACAGUGAUGCAGAUAGUCACGGUGCAGGUGAGUUGCUUUUAUCUCCAUCAGACCACUAUUGGGAAUAUCACCAUCAUCCCCUACAUGCUGAUUUUGAGAACUUUGGGGGCAACCACUUUGCAGAGCUUCAAAGUGUACAGCCACCUCAGCUGCAGCAGCUCUACCGGCACAUGGAGAUUGAACAGAUGCAUGUUCUAGAUUCUGGGAUCCCUGUUACACAUCUUGGGCUCAACCACAACCACCAGGUUACCAUUAUGCCUCGCAUGUGUGGGUAUCCCUCUCAUCCACGCAGUUCUGAUGAAGAAGAUUUAGAGAGACAGAGUCCCCCAUUGGAAGUGUCAGAUGGGGAGACUGAUACUGGAGAACCUGGUCCUGGGAUUAUGAGUGGAGAAGCAGGUGAACAAAUGCAAAGUAGUAAGAAAAAAAUCCGACUGUACCAGUUUCUUCUCGACCUGCUUCGGAGUGGAGAUAUGAAGGAUAGCAUCUGGUGGGUAGAUAAGGAAAAGGGUACUUUCCAGUUUUCCUCCAAACAUAAAGAAGCACUGGCUCACCGCUGGGGUGUUCAGAAAGGCAACCGCAAGAAAAUGACCUAUCAAAAAAUGGCAAGAGCAUUGAGAAAUUACGGCAAGACCGGGGAGGUCAAGAAAGUCAAGAAGAAGCUGACAUAUCAGUUUAGUGGAGAGGUGAUGGGCAGAGGCGGCAUGGAUAGAAAGCACUAUUCUCUUUGAACAAGGGUCUCAAAUCCUGAAUAGCCAAAUAAUAAGGACACAUGAGCUGGACUAAUGGCAGAGAUGAAUGGCUGAACCACACAUCUAAUACUAUGCCUCCCAUCCCCUCAUCCCUGUCUCACUGAGGUAUUGCAACAUCCAGUGUUUCUGGUACGAAUUCAUUUCCUCAGAUCUGAAUUUCCUACAUGUUUCUUUUCUGCUGUUCAGCAAGCUGGAUGUAGUAGGGACUUUGUUUUUUUAAAGAAAGAAAUGUAUAGAUAUAUUAUUUUUAGAAGUAUUUGAUUGUGUUGUAAUUAAAAUCUACAGUGGAUGAAAAGGUUUUUUGUCCUUCGCUUACAGCUUUUAAACCAGCAUUAAUACCAGCUCUGCUAUAUUUCUCCAUGGCUAGAGAGAAAUUUGCAGAUUCUGGAAAUAUGUCAUACUAUGCAAAUACUAAUAACAUGUAAAUAUUUAAUAAAACUAGGUAUACUCUGAA